UUCGCUGGGCAAAAACUACAACGCCCAUGGUGCAUCACUCAUCGGAGCUUGUGCGGGACGGCUAAGAAAACCGAACCCAGUGUUUUCAGAAAACGAAAGAAACGAGACGAAAAUGCCCCCAAAUAAGGCUGUUAUUGUACCCGGGAACGGCGCUGGGGAUGUGGAACACUGCAACUGGUACGGCUGGGUGAAAAAAGAGCUGAAUAAGAUUCCAGACAUGUCGUGUUUGCUUAGAAACAUGCCUGAUCCCAUCACAGCCCGGGAGAGCGUGUGGCUGCCCUUCAUGGAGCAGGAGCUGCAGUGCGACCAGGACACGGUGAUCAUCGGACACAGCUCUGGGGCUGCGGCCGCCAUGAGGUACGCAGAGACACACAAGGUGUAUGCUCUUGUGCUGGUGGGCGCCUACACCUCGGACCUGGGUGAUGAAAACGAGCAGGAGAGUGGCUACUUCAACCGUCCCUGGCUGUGGGAGGAGAUCAAGGCCAACUGCAGGCACAUCGUGCAGUUCGGCUCCGCCGAUGACCCCUUCCUCCCCUGGAGCGAGCAGCAGGCUGUGGCGGACGGGCUGGGCUCGCAGCUGCACAAGUACUCUGACCGCGGGCACUUCCAGAGCUUGCACUUCCCGGAGCUCGUCAGCGCCAUUCUCAGCAUCCAUGUGGGAGUGUGAGGAGGAGGAGCCCCCCGGCAAGCACAGCUCGCUCUCGGAGUCCUGCUCUCACCCAGCAAACCGAGCCUUCACAACCUCGACUUGUACCGCCCCGGAGCAAAUGGGAAAAAGACUCGGAAAUAGUUUGGCAAUGUAGGACAUUGAGCCCAGGACUGGUGCCUCUUAGCGAGUCAGUUCAACACCAAACCUCACACAGAAAUGACAAACUGAGACAGAUAUACAGGUUCGUUAUAUACACAUUUAUUUAUACUAAAGGUGCUUGUGUUUCGCCAUUCACAUGACAGGACUUUACCAUUUAAAAGGCUGCCCUGCAUCGUGAUGCAGAAACUCUUAAUUUCUGUUAAACACUCUGGUCUUUCCUGUACAGCUGAUGUAUUAAAAUAUCUAGAAUCCAUCAAAAAAUAAAACAACCUUACAACACAA